UCCGUCGUCAAAUCUGGAAGCAUCAACUCACCUACCGGGAAUGGGAUCUGCACUUAGUUGUAAGAAAAACUUUGCGUUUUUUCGUGUAUUCGCCCUACAAAAGCUACUUUUCAAGCUGCGGGGAUAGUUGUGACCACAUGCUGGGCUACGACGGCGCACUGUUCAAUGACCUGCGAGAGGCAGCCAGAAGUCGUGAGUCUGCAGGAGCGAAAGAAACAAGUGUAUCAUCUUAAAUCCGCGUAGUCCACUUCGGUUCUUUGUAAAGUUCACUUGAUUAGCCUUACUGGACGCCGUGCGUAAAACACCCGCGCGUAAAGUUGGUGCCAUCUGUCAGACGUUACAAAAUCAAGUCAUGGCCAAGUGGUUCAAAGAUUUCCCCAUUAAUCUUAAGAAUGGGAGUGAACGGGCGCGUUCGGCCUCUGAAUCCGGUCCACAAACUCGGACCAAGCCGUCAUUUUCUCGUGACAGUCUAAAGGGAAAUGCGCGCAAGGAUGGUGGAGUCGGGGGUUUACUAGCGGGGAGGAAUAGGAAGAAUUCGGCCACAGAGUUGGGUCGGAGCAACAUCGGACCUGUUGGGACAAUGUGGGACACACUAGCACCGGGAAAGGGUCGCAAGAACUCCAAGGUGGAGAGCUUGGAGGAGAAAAAGGUGAAGAACUCCAGUUUGGCUCAGGCUUACUUCAGCAGGAUGAUCAAAGUGGACAAGCAGGACAAGAAUGAGAAACUGAGCGGUAUCAGUGAGCAGAAGGACCCAGAGGGAGAAAUCAGCAAAUCCAUCAAAACAACGCUGAUUAUUUUGGAGGACUAUGCUGAUCCCUUUGAUGCAGAGAAAACUAAGGAGCAGCGAGAAGCGGAGCGGGUUGGAGUGAAUGACGGAUACAUGGAGCCUUAUGAUGCUCAAGUCAUCAUCACAGAGGUCCGAAGACGUGGUUCUAAGGAUCUGCUAAAAGUCUGUGUCCUGCUGGACCGAGGCCAAACCGACAGGAAGAGAGAGGACAUCAAGCAACCAGUUCCAAACAUCUACGACACUCCGUAUGAGGAAGGCCCUGAGGGCCACACCGAGGGCGUGUGGAUCCCUGUCACCCGGCCCGAGUCUGAUGGGCGUCCAGCCGGGGAGUACGAGCUGCCGUGGGAGUGGAGGAAGGAGGAUAUUGUUAGAGCGCUGUCAGUGCAAUUUGGUGCCGAUGAUUCUUCUCCAACCAAGGAAAACACCUGUGGUCGUCAACAGCAGCAACACACCUCGAAGCAGAAGAACUGGAGCCACAAAACACUUGUCUCCACCUCGUCGUCCUCUUCUCUACCCUCCUUUCCCUCUUCACCGAUACUCAAACUCUCCCCGCUGACUCUCCAGUCUCCUUCCCAUCCUACACUUAAACUCUCACCUACCUCACCUACCUCCAGUCUCAGCAAACUCUCCACUCACUCUCUUGGUGCCCCACUGGAUGGGGAGACCGCCAUGGUGGACCCCACUGUUCUACUGGAGAAACAGAGCUGGUACCACGGCAGUGUGAGUCGACAGCAGGCUGAGGCUCAGCUGCAGCGCUGCAGGGAAGCCAGCUUCCUGGUGAGAGACAGCGAAUCAGGGACCAGCAAGUACUCCAUCGCUCUCAAGACCAGUCAGAGUUGCGUGCACAUCAUUGUGGCGCAGACCAAGAGCAGCAAGGGUUUGGGCUUCACGCUGGACCAGAGCAGCUGUGUCUUCUCCAGCAUACCGGAGCUGAUCCACCACUACUGCACACACCGACUACCCUUCACUGGUGUGGAGCACAUGACGCUCCAACACGCUGUGUGCAAGUCACACUGACUCAUCCACAGUAACAGGGAUCCCAUCUUAAAUCUCAUGUUAAUGUCAUAUGGUUACAAGGAAUUCCAUGUAUUUUGAACCUCAAGGAAACCAUCUAAGGAGAUGGACCAAAACAACAUGUAUGGGCUGUGAGGUGAUCCACUAAGCCUUGGACACUAGUGUCUGAUAUUAAGAAAAUUAUUGGGGGAUAAAAAUACUACUAAACCUAUGCAGUCAAUUUUGAUAAAAUACAUAUUUCUCAAGGGACAAUUUUCAGUACACCAAUUCCAUGUGCAAUAUGAUGUCAUAAGUGACCAAACCAUCGAUAAUGAAGGAGAAAAAAGCAUGAAAAAUGUUCUGUGUUUUAUGCAGCAAAGAGUUAAUCUCUGGGGCACCUCCACCCAGAUGUUUAAGCUUAUGUGAACAUAUCAGUUAAUUUUCUAGUAUCAAAUAUUAAAAGGUGAUUAGUUAACACAAAGUUCUUUUUUGUAAUAAACUCCCACCCCUACUGUUCAUGAUUGCAUGGAUUCGCAACACAGUGUGUCCCAAUCUAUUCUAUGUUGGCAUCAAUUCAUUUAAAUACCUUUUUCAACCCAAAAAACCAACAAAAUGCGGACAAUGUUCAACAUCACUCCACUGGAUUUUGGGAAACCACAAUUCUCAAACAUCAGAAAAGCAAUUCAUGUUUCGUGCAAAUGAUUUUACGCAACUUAAAACGAAAACUAAAUGACUACUCCCAAACUAUUGGAAUUGAAAAUGCCGAGAGAGCUAUGACACAACCUCUGUAUCUGAUUUUCUGAAUAAAAUUUUUGCAACGUUAUUUUUUUCUUCAUCGCACUACAUAAGUGGUGAAGAAGACUGAAGAUUCUGAGCAAAUUAUGACAGUAGAAACCAACAUUUCUCUCAAGUCAUAACAUUGUUGAUCCUCAGUAUAUUAGGAUCUACUGAAUAUGUAGUAAAAGUAUAGCUUUCCGAAGAAUGCAACAGGGGAUACCACACACUCAGGUUGGUUUGUGGGAUCAAUACACCUGAUUGGAGUAUAUUCAUUCAUCCAUCUGACAUGUCAAUCAGACUAUUGAUUUAUCCUGGAAACCAGCCUCAUUUACCAGCCACUCUGUCUGUCAAGCUAAGAGCGCUAUUGAUUUGUUGCCCUUAACUAGGGUAGUGCAAGGAGCCUUGUAACAUUAUUGUACCAUGUCAGCACAUUUGUACAUUACUACAGGGAAAAUACAAUAAAAGAUUUGCACUUAAGUGUAUCAAAAACUA